CAAAAGACCAAUUUGCCCUCCCGACUCUAUCCACUCGUACCGUCUCUUCCGUCUCCGUCCCGCGGACUCGCCGGCGAGAAAAAAACGAAAAGCGACUUCGCUUCCGCCUCCGGCCUUCCCACUCUAGUCCCCCUCCUCUCCUAGCGUCGGUGAGCCGCUGCUCCGGAGUCCCUGUUCCCCCUCCGCGUCGCCGCUGCACGCCGACCCACUCCGUCGCCGCCAUCCGCUGUGUCUCCUCCUCGUGACCGCCGUUGCCGCGAGGUAGCUCUUCCUGGAGCACGGGGAUGACGGCGAGUUCUAGGACUCCGUCACGCCGCCGGUCACCAAUCCCUCGGCCAGGGAGUUCUUCUCCGACCCCGACCUUAAUGUGAGUCGUGCGUGACCUUCCUCCUCGAAGCGGAUCCGGCGGAUUGGAGGGGCUGGAGGGUCCCGACCACAGCAGGUACUCCUGUCGCCGGAAAAGCAGGUGUGAGUGGAAGUGGUCCAACCGUCCAAGGUCUCUUGUCUCCAGCAACGCAACAAGGGAUUGGAGCCAGUGGUGGCACUCCAUGGUCAGCUGAUGCCGCUGCUGGUGUGGGGGAAGUGGACGGACUUCUUCGCCAUGAUGCUUCUGUACUGCUGGCGGGUGUAAGCAUUUAGCUGCACUUGGAGAUACUUAUUUGGAGUAUUUGAAGUAUUGAGUUGGCUCUCCGUAUUGUCAGUUAUGUGCUUGUGCUUCUUGAAAAAGAGUUAAAUUUUCUUCUACUAGGGCUUUGGAGAAUGGCGACUGCCCAGAUAAAGAGUAGAUUUCUUGUUCUUUAUGUCAUUGUCUGUCUCAUGGCUCAGAUGGGAGAUGCCAAUGUCGUGCUAUUGGGGAAUAAUCUGACCUUGUCCUUUGAUGACAUUGAGGCAAGCUUUUCUCCAGGAGUGAAAGGGUCAGGAGUCAAUGGCGUAGUUUAUGCUUCUGAACCUUUGGAUGCCUGCAGCCCGUUAACAAUCAAGGCAGUCAAGGGCCCACCAUCCCCCUUUGCAUUAAUUGUAAGAGGCGGUUGCACAUUCGAUGAGAAAGUAAAAAAUGCACAGGAUGCUGGAUUCAAAGCUGCAAUUGUGUAUGACAAUGAAAAUAGCGGGGUCCUGGUUUCAAUGGCUGGAAGCUCAAGUGGCAUACAUAUAUAUGCUGUUUUCGUUUCGAAGGCCUCAGGAGAGGUGUUGAAGAAUUUUUCAGGCCAUACUGAUGUAGAGGUGUGGAUACUACCUACAGUUGAGAACUCAGCCUGGUCGAUCAUGGGAAUCUCAUUCAUAUCGCUGCUUGCCAUGUCUGCUGUAUUAGCUACGUGUUUCUUUGUGAGAAGGCAUCGGAUAAGGAGAGACCACCCUAGAAUCCCAGAAGCUAGAGAGUUCCAUGGAAUGAGCAGUCAAUUAGUUAAGGCAAUGCCAAGUCUUAUUUUCACAAAGGUGCAAGAAGAUAACUGUACAUCGUCAAUGUGUGCCAUUUGUUUGGAAGACUAUAGUGUCGGAGAAAAGCUAAGAGUGCUGCCUUGUCGUCACAAGUUCCAUGCAGCUUGUGUGGACUUGUGGCUAACUUCUUGGAGAACAUUCUGUCCUGUAUGCAAGCGAGAUGCGAUGAGUGGAGUAUCAGAAUUUCCUGCCACAGAGGCUACCCCCUUGCUUUCUUCUGCUGUUCGGUUACCUUCUCGGCCAUCUUCAUUCAGGUCCAGUGUGGCAGCCUCCCCUCCAAGGCCAAUAAGCCGUCAUCCUUCAUCACACUCAGUUUCUCGUGCUUACUCUGUUUCUAGUACGCCCCAGUCUCCCAACCCCUUUAGAUCUCGCACAAACUUACCUGGCAUCCAUACAAGCAGAAGCACUGCAGACCUUGCAAAUAUGUCAUCUCCCCACCCUCGCAUCUCACAUUUGUCAUCGGCGCACUCCCUUGUUGGCAGCCACCUGUCUCCACCAAUCAGCAUAAGGUAUUCAUUGCCCCAAUUGGCCCAGUCUGGGCAUGGAUCACUCAGUCCACAUGUCAGUUCAUCCUACAUCUCGAAUUCUGGGUAUGGUUCUUCAAGCUACUACUAUCUUGGAGGAUCCAGCCAGCAUGGGUCAUACCUAAGGCGAUGUGGAGAAUCAGGGCCAAGCCUGUCUACCAUGGCCCCUCAGUCGCCACAGCAGUUUCAGUCGGAGGCAAAUGUGGUAGCAGGCACAUCAUCAGCUCAGUCCUUUCGGCAGUCCUACCUGAGACACUGUGGGGAUUCAGAUGCCAGUCUGUCUGACAUGAUGUCAGCCCAGUCAUUGCCACAGCAGUUUCAGUCGGAUGCAAAUGUGGCGGCAGGCGCAUCAUCAGCUCAGUCCUUGCGGCAGUCCUACCUGAGACGCUGUGGCGAUUCAGAUGCCAGUUUGUCUGACAUGACAUCAGCCCAGUCAUUGCCAGGGUGCUGAGGAGUGAGGAAGGUGUUCGGAUGUGUACUACAACAUGCGGCAUGAUCUGUGCAUACAAUGAGGCCUGUAACAUUACCUAGGUGGGGAGAAACAUGUAUAGCAUAGAUUUUGUUCUUGUUCUUAUCUUUGUCGUGUCUUGUGUGCAUAUGACAAAUAACAGGAAGAAUCUUUGUUUGUAUGGAAGCUGGUAGGUUGAAUUAGUUCGUUUGUUUCAAUGUUUCCAUUUCAUUUGAUCAGGUGUUGGGCUGGUUGCCACCCCUUUGACUCUAAAGCCUUAGGAAAAAUGGAAAGCCUGCUGUUCUCCCAAA